CCUCUCGCAUCAGCACCACUCCGCAUCCUGCUGAGCUUUCUAACCGUUUUGGGGGGACUCAGAGGGAGAGGACGCCAUCUUGUUUGUUUAGUCAUUGGAGGGGUGGGAUAACGUUUCUCAACCAGCAGCCACACCAACGAAACCAGGGGUAUACAACGGCUAACCGGUGAGUCUUCAUGCUUUUUAAUAUCAUAAAACACGAGAUUAUGGCAAUUCAAUGUGUCGAGCACACAUGUCUAAGCUCGGCGGUGUGAAGGGUUGGAUGGCAGCGGCUAACGUUAGCUGGACUGCAGCAUCACCUGUUGGGACGGACCGUCAACGGUUACUGCGGUUAACUGUGACCGUGAAUAACCUUACGGUGGUCUCCUCUUUGGACAGGUCUGUCUUUAUCUGUGACCUGUGUGUGUGCCGUUACUGUUACCUUACGGUGUUUUGAAGCAGGUACGGAUCUGACAGACGUCUCAGUGUUUGUUCUGCAGGGGCGGAUCCAGAUCUUCUUCUACCUGGGGUGGCCAUACUGGGGCACUGUCUAAUACAGAGAUGGGAAUAAACACAUGCAGAAAAAAAUAUAAUACCUUAUUUCUCAAUUGCAUCUUCUCUGAGUAUGGACAUUUAAGGGAUAUUCCAGCAUAAACACACCGUAACACUGAGUUAAACACUCCCUCAAAAGAUGAAUGCUGCUGACCGCUUGCUUCUCUAGUUAUACUGUUGUAACGACUGCACAAUAGCAAUACACAGUGGUCUGAGGAGCCACAAACACUACUAAUCUCCUACUCUCUUCCAGCAGCCGCUUGUUUGUAGACCUCCGGGUGAGUCCAUCAACUGCAGCGGGGUGACGCAGCUCAAGGAAGAACAUUUAUGAUCAUUUCUUUAUCAUUUCCUUUAAGUAAUAACCACCAUAUUAAUCAUUUUGCACUGCAGACGCGGUAGUUCUUCUGCCUUAGUGUCUUGGUCUGAUUGUAUUUCCAUGAAGAAAUGAUCAUAAAUGUUCUUCCUUGAGAUGCGACACCCCGCAGCAUUAAUGAUGGACUCAUUCGAGGCAUCUGUACAAACAAGCGGCUGCUGGAAGAGAGUAGGUGAGUUGUGUUUAGUCUCUUUGCCAAAGAAAUUAGGCAAAGUUAAAAAGAUGUUUGGUGGCUAGGACUCAAUAUACUGUUGAUGAAGUUAGGUGCUGUUCUGAGCAUUAUUUGUGGCUAUAGAGUGGCAUUGGUCGUUACUAAAGUUGGUAUAACUAGAGAAGCAAGCAGUCGGCAUCAUUCAUCUCUCGAGGGGGUGUCUAACUUGGUGUUACGGUGUGUUUGACCCUAACUCAAUUUUACGCCUAAAUAUCCCUUUAAGUAUCGGCACUGCAAGGCGCAUUAUAAAUGUUACCUGAAGUGUGCUUUCGCAUGAAGGGGCUGUUGGAGGACGGGAGGGUCAGGGGAACCAGGGGAAUGGCACCGUGUAAAGAUCCUGCACCCGCUGUCUUGGAGUUAUCAAGGAGCACAACAGAGGUUCACUUAAGAAGCAAGCACAAAUAAUUAACAACACUUCAGAAGCAACCAACAAUUUUUUAAAGUGACUUUACAGAAAAAAGAAUCCCAAAAUUACUAACCUGGAAAUACCGCUCGUUGCCCAUCAUAGUUAAGGGUUAUCAGCAGGGUUUAUUUCUUUGUCUAUUGUAACUACAAGUAAAUCUUUCACAAAUGAAAGUACAUUUUACUUGUUACUAUGCUAUGCUAUGAGCUACUGUUGUUACUUCAAUGAUAUACACAGCUGUGUUUCUGCCUCUCUGUUGUUCUCUCUCUAGGCCUGACACCUCCCCCUCCCCCCCUUCCCCCCUGAGGUGAGACGAUGUUUUAUGCCCACUUUGUCCUCAGCAAACGUGGGCCGCUGGCCAAAAUCUGGCUUGCGGCCCACUGGGACAAGAAGUUGACCAAAGCUCAUGUUUUUGAGUGCAACCUGGAGAGCAGCGUCGAGAGCAUCAUCUCACCGAAGGUACUUUCUCAGGGUAUAAACUUUCACUGCGUCUGAUUCCUGCUGCAGUACAUGAUGGCUUUAACUCUGCUGUUUCAGGUGAAGAUGGCUUUACGGACGUCAGGACAUCUGCUGCUCGGGGUGGUGAGGAUCUACCACAGGAAGGCCAAAUACCUGCUGGCAGAUUGUAACGAGGCCUUCAUCAAGAUCAAGAUGGCUUUUAGACCAGGUUAAUGUCGAAGCUUUAUCUUUAGUAUCAAUUCACAGGAGCAGUUUUUCUACAAUAUAACAAACAAACAACUUUUGGAAAUAUCACAUGCUCUGACUCUGACUCUUUCCCUGUGCUGUGGUGCUUCAGGUGUGGUGGAUCUCCCAGAGGAGAACAGAGAAGCUGCAUACAACGCUAUCACUCUGCCUGAGGAGUUUCAUGAUUUUGAUCAGCCGCUGCCCGACCUCGAGUGAGUCCUGAAAAUCAUGUCCAAGGGUAUCUUUGAGUGUAAGAAAGAUGAGCUGCAGUGAUGAUUUUAAUGACCAGCUAGUCGCAGUUGGAGGUCUGAUUGCAUAGAAGUAUCUCUCAUUUGAUUUACUGCUUUAGUAAAUAUUUUUUUAUGGGUUUAUGGACUCAAUCAAUCAAACUUGAUCUACAGCUCAAAAUCACGGUCAGAUGGUGAACAGGGUCAAUUUUCAGGUACAUUAAUUCCACAGACUGCUCAGCAAUUGAGCGUGCCAAAGACAUGAGGAGAAACACGAUAAAAGUUAAAGCCAAGAGAGAAAAUAAAAAAACAGAAGUUAGAAUAAACUUUACAAACCCUGCACUUAGCUACAACUUUAUCUGAGAUGUCUCACCUAAAAUCGUAUGCAUAUUAUCUAUUUUUGGAGAUUAAAAAAUGGUCAGAUUAGGUUACAGCAGGCACGAUCUACCCUCUCUGUUCUUCAUAUAUAUUGUUUUCCUGCCAACACACAAAACCUGCUGAAACUACAAGGACUGCCAACAAAAUACUGAAUGUUUCACCAAAAACUCUGCCAGUUGCUUACAGAUGAAACAUAUUUGAAAUCAGAUCAGAGAGACUGAUGCAUCUCCCUCCUUUGCUUUACCAUAUUUCCCACAACAACAUUAAAUCUAGCUCUAGAAACCCAUGCUAUGACCUUUUCCGUAGCAUUAAGUAUGUUUUUACGAGCACAUUUGCUCUUUUUUCCUCUGCUUGCCAAAAACUAUGAAGACAAGUUCUCUAAAUAGAAGAUCAAUAUUGAACUAAAUGUGUGUGUGUGUGUGUGUGUGUGUUCUGUGCAGUGAUAUCGACAUUGCCCAACAGUUCAACUUGAACCAGAGCAGAGUGGAGGAGAUCACCAUGAGAGAAGAGGUGGGCAACCUCAACCUGCUGCAGGACAACGACUUCGGUAGGCAUCUUUCUUUUUGCACAUGCUCGACACUCACAUUUGUAAACAUCAAGCAAAAGUAAAGCGCUUCAUCUCGCUCCACACGCCCACAUUCCACACCAUACCCUACUCUUCUCACACUAAUAAUAACACCUUCUCCUUCUCGUGCAGCUGAUUUCGGUAUGGACGACCGGGAGAUGAUGAGGGAGGAGAGCGCGUUCGAGGUGGACAUCAUGGGUGCGUCAGCGUCCAACCUGCUGCUGGAGGCUGAGGGCGGAGCCAACCAGAUGGCUGACAAGGCCAACCAUCUGGAGUACGAUGACCAGUAUAAGGACGACUUUGGAGACAACCCAAUGGAGAGCAAUGAGGGAGGCAUGCUGGGUAAGAUCGAGUAGCUCUUGUCACUUUGCUGUACUCUUGCUUAGAAAGAGUUAUAUUGACCGUACUGUAUCUUUGUGCAGUCGACAAGCUGCUGAGUAACGAGGAUGGAGGCGGGAUCUUUGACGACCCUCCUGCCAUCGCAGAGAGCGUGAUGAUGCCUCAGGACCACGGGGAUGAUGAUGACGACUUUGAUGCUCUCUCAGGUCAGUUUUUGAUCAAAAAGUCGACCCCUUAAAUCUUUGUUUUUGGGUUUUACUGCAAUCACAACACAGUAAUGUUUGGGUUAUAUCACUCAAAAGUGGAUUUGAUGACUUUGUCUUUUUAGCUGGAGCCCCUGAUAGUCCAGACUCAGGCCCUACAGAGCCUCUACCAGCCAUGGCAGACCAGGCAGAGCAGACGGCUCUGGUUCACAACGAGGAGGAAACUUUUGCUCUGGAGCCCAUUGACAUCACAGGUAAUCACACGAAUGAUAAGACAGAAAUAAAUGCAAAAACUAUAUAAACGCAGUGUCUAAUGUUGAGCACUGAGCUGAUUCAUCUCUUUACCCUGCGGCCUGUGCAGUGAAGGAAACGAAAGCGAAGCGUAAGAGGAAGCUGAUCGUCGACAGCGUGAAGGAGUUGGACAGUAAAACCAUCCGUGCGCAGCUCUCCGAUUACUCCGACAUUGUCACCACGCUGGACCUGGCACCUCCCACCAAGAAACUCAUGAUGUGGAAGGAGACCGGAGGAGUGGAGAAGCUUUUCUCCCUCCCUGCACAGCCGCUCUGGAACGCCAGGCUGCUGAAGGUGACGUACAGCUACGCAGUUAUUCAGAAAUAAUGACACAUGCAGCAUCUAUUCCUGCUUUUAUGAUGUACGAGUCUUCUCCUUUUUUCUCUCUGUAGAUGUUCACAAGAUGUCUGACGCCACUGGUACCAGAUGAAUUGAGGAAGAGGAGGAAAGGUGGAGAGGCUGAUAGUUUGGAUGAGUUCCUGAAGGACCUGGAGAACCCAGAGGUGCCCAGAGAGGAAACAGCAGGACACCAGCAGAGAGACAUUAUGGGUAAAAGAAAAGGGAGCGUGCACAUUUAUCCGUGAUUCGAUUUCAGCAAACUGUUAUUAAAGGAUAGCAACGAUUUCACCCCAAACACAUGGUUUCCCUUUGUUUUUUCCACCUUUAGAUCAGACCAUCAUGGAAGAGGCCAGUGUUCUGCAGACUUCAGCUGUUGAAGGCAGCAGGACAUCACUAGAUGAAUCCGCCAUGCCUCCUCCAGCUCAGCGCGGCCUCAAACGCAAAGCCCAGGACACAGAACCAGCCCUGCCUGUGAGUACAGAUAGAAAGUUUUGAUAGUGAUGAAUGUAGAUACUGUAUCACCACCAGUGAGUCUUUUUGAAAUCUGAAAGUGUGCAAGUGGCUUAGUAUGUAAUUAAGCCCUACUAUAAUUCACACCAAAACAACUCCACUGUAUGUGCAUGUGAUGAUCCUUUUAACACUUUUUUCUGCAGAUGGGAGCUUUGGACCAGCAGCAGCAGCCACAGGUGUCCACAGCCUCGAACGUGUCCCAGCAGCUGGAGACGGCAAGUGUGGAUCUGCCCCAAGAAGAGACGACCACCAGUAUCAGCCAGCUGAUAGAGCUGGACCUGCUCGGGGACAAAGAGAGGAAGAAGAGCGAUGACGACUCUGAUGAGGAGGUCAGACAGGGCUUCAUGAACUCAUACCGAACAUUUUUACUUUCUUGGUUUUUCUUUCUGUGUAAAUUUAAUCAUUUUAUUGGGAUUAGGUAACCAGAAGAAAGGCACAGUCAGUUUAUUAAAGAGUUUUCAAAAUCAGACCAUAACUGUGAUUCCAACUGGGGUUUUGUGUGGCACAGGAGGAGGAGGCACAGGGAGGAGACCAGGACCAGGAGGAGAGGAGGUGGAACAAGAGAACCCAGCAGAUGCUCCAUGGCCUCCAGGUAUGUAUCUGUACAUGUUAUUUUACAGCUAAAAAGAUAGAAACCAUCAGUGUUCAAGGCAAAGUAUAUAGAAAUGGACAUACUUAGGGGCUGUCAUGCUUACCCAUCCUGUCUGCCAAGCUACUGUGACCUUGAAGGGAUAUUCCGGCAUAAAGUUAAUGUUAAUGUCAAACACACUGUAACACAGAGUUAGACACCCCCUCGAGAGAUGAAUGUUGCCGACCGCUUGCUUCUCUAGUUAUACCAACUUUAGUAUCGACCACAGGAUAGCAAUACACAGCAAUCUGAGGAGCCAUAAAUAAACCUCAACCAAAACACCACUCUAUAGCCACAAAUAAUGAUCAGAACAGCACCUAACUUCAUCAACAGUACAUAACAUCUGAUCAAGCCGUCUGUGUGAUCGAUUCAAAAACGUCAGUCCUCCCAUCUUUACUCUCUCUUUCCUCUACCACAGAGGGUGAUGGCUAAAACAGGCGCCCAGUCCGUCAGCCUGUUGGAUCUGUGCAAGAACAACAACAAGAAGCAGGCGGCUGCAAAAUUCUACAGUUUCCUGGUCCUGAAGAAGCAGCAGGCGGUGGAGCUGGUCCAGGAGGAGCCGUACAGCGACAUCAUCGCCACACCUGGACCUCGCUUUCAUAUCAUCUAGAAAACUAAACAAGAAUACACCAUUUUUUAUUUGAAAAUGUUCAUUUUUAAUUAUUUGAGUUUGCUGCCUUUGUUCUGUGAAUUAUGCAGAGUUUUAUCUGCAGACUUUUUUCAUUCAGGGGUGGGAGAAAAGAAGUCAUUAUGAUGUUAGUGGAUCAUUGGUGAGCUUUACGGUUUUCCACACUAUAGCAGCUAUUCCUUUUUUAGGACUACUAUAUCAUCACAUCUACAAGUUUGGGACUGUGUGUCUCUUUGUCGCUGAUAUUAGUCUAGUAACGGAUUUCAAGAACCGUUUGGUAUAAGACACAGAAGUAUUUUGACACAGUGAUUUUAACUCCAUCAAAAAAUGUUACUUAAAGCCUCAUCAGGAAAAAGUUCUCGUGCACACUGACAUUAGCCAGAAGGAGCAUGCACUAUAUCCCGUCUCUGCAGAUUAAACCGUUCCUACAGUAGUGAUCGCAGGUAUAACCAGCAGUUAGUCAUUGUACGACUGUAGUGUAGCACUUUAAUAAUGACAAACUAAAAGCUGUUGUUUCUGCAAAUGUGUUGCUUGCAUCAACUGUCCGUGCCUCACCAGAGUUAAAACUGUAGCUGUGUCCCAAAUCCAAAAUACAGAUUAUUUCUAGUGGAAAAGUCAUUACACUGAUGUUAGUUUGUGCAGAAUUACCACUCCUAAAUACACACCCACUGACUAUACUGAAUAAAAAUAGUAUGUACUGAGGAAUUGAGACACAGCUUAUGAAAAAGAUCUUUGGAUUUUAAUAUUUAGAUUUUGUAAACAUGCGCUCUCCGCCAUUUGCAUGCUCUGUCCUCAAACAUUUCAGUGGAAUUGCACUAGAUGCUCCAGUAUUCCUAAAAAUGACUUUUCAAGUUGUGGCUCUACAUCUAUUAUUCCAGUGUCAACUUAAGAAUGAAAAAAGUUCAAUAACUCUUUAUGUUCGGUCUGAAUCAGUGGUUCUUAACUGGUCUAGCCUCAGGACCCAACAGAACCUACUUCACCUACUGAUUUUUUUUCAUUUAUUGGCGGGUGUUUCCCAGCAUUAAGGUGAAUUAACGCCACUUAUUGUAUUGGUGUGUGACUUAAACGCCUUACUAGUCCAAGCGCACUGCAUGCCCUCUGAGAUUUUACUUACAACUUUUCAAACCUACACAUGUGGGACUUUUGGGUCCUGAUCCCACCAGUUGAGAACCAUAAGUGAUGCUCUGACAAUAAAACUUCUGACUGUAUUUAAAUAAGAUAUUUGUUUAUUGAUAUAAUACAUUACAGGAAAUGUAAUUUUUUUAUUUUAUUAAGAGUUAAGAGAAGUCUGAGUGGAAAUAUGGAGGACAAAUGUAAAAAAAAGAAAAAAAUCAAAGUCAAAAUGAAGAAAACUCCCAGAGGUCUUUGUUCUUCCUUGUGCUCUUGCGAAGACAGCUGAAUGCACUGGUUUUGUUUUUUUAAAUCAGCCUCUCUAUAUAAACUGAGUGCCAUGUAAUGUCUGAGUGCGUCUUAUAUUUAAACAAUGUGCCUGUAAACUGUCUCUUUUUUUGUACUAAGAUACAUGUUCUCAAUCAGAUGUGUAUUUCAUCAGCUUGAGUCCAAAGUCUUGGAAAUGGUUGCAAAGAUUUUGAAAAUAAAAUAAAUACAAUGAGCUGUAA